AUGUCUCUUUUCGACUACUACUCGCAACACGAAGAAGGAGAGGCACAGAAGUACAAAGGGCUGAUGAUGUCGAUAUACAGCCGCAGGACUCGUCUAGUGGGGUACGACCCGAUAAAAGACGCCGUGGGGCCACAGCUGGAAAUUCUGGCGUCGUCGAAGGCCGCGCCGGAUCCUUCAAAAAACAUGAGCGCCGGCCAGCUGCGAGAGAAGGCUGCAGCCCGAAGGGCUUUUUAUCAUGCGAUCGAGGCCAAAGGCUUCGACAUCAGUGGGUUUGAUUCCGCAGGAUCUUCUAUGGACGGCGGGAUGCUGCCUGAGGGAAACGCCUUGUUAGGGCAAGAUAAGGACGUCUUGGAGACUGUGCUUCUGGCCAAGCGCAAAAUGCAAAGUCGGUUCCCUGAACGUCCUGACAUUGACGGAGCGAGGAAUCUCCUCUACAAGGUCCUCGAAGAUGACUUGUUUAUCGGCGCUACGCCAGCGAGCCGGGCAGCCAUCCACCGCACCCUGUCGGAAGUUGUAGAAGAGGGGGCGGCAAAGUAUUAUGAGCGUAGGGAAUGGGAGGGGCAGAAGACAGGUGAGACUCAUAUGGGUUUACUGACAGAGAAGGAUGAGUCGGAGCAAGAUGAUACGAAGGAGGACUUCAGGGAAGGGCGGGAAGGCCACUGGCGGCAGGCGCUUUAUCACUGGGAGCAGGCGCUGGAUAUUGAGAGCGACGCCGGCUUCGAUAAGUCAACGGAGGAGGUCGAGCGGGAAAGAGUACGAACAGAUAUGUUGAAUAACAAGGCUGCAGGGCUUCUUCUAUUCGAUUUUGACAGUAUUGCCUCCUUCGAACAGGGGCAAUCCCCACCAGCCGAACACAGGCAAUCCCUGCCAGAAAAGCAACGACGACGCCGGUAUGGGCGUUGCGUAGUGUUAUAG